AUGCCACGCGUCUGGCGAUCUCGAGGUUACCAGCCUCCCAGCACCAGCGGUGCAGUUUCUGCGCAGCAGCCAGAUGGCGUGGCCCAAUUCUUCCAAGCCUUAGGCACUCGAAAUCUUCAAACCAAGACUGCCAGGCCUCCACCCCGGACCCCCUCUCGGUCGAAAGAUGUAGCCACGGGACUUCGGGAGGGCAAGUUGACCUUCUACGGAGGAGUGCGGAGCAAAGUUCCUUCCUUCUAUCCCGUGGUGCACCGGUCCCCGCGGUAUGAGACCUCCACUCUCUCUCACAAGUCGAACGAGCAUGAGCAGCACGAGCGCGACGGCUCGGAGCAGCACGACGGCUCGGGGCUCGGACGGACUGCGGGAGAUGGGCGGUCGUUCUAUAUGCGGUCCAAGUUGCUUCAAGCUUCCGCGCCUUCGACGCCUUCCACGUUGACUUUCAAGAGGAUGAGCUCAGCAAGCUCUCCAGUGGAGCAGCUUUCAAGCAGCGCUGUUUCUGCUGCAAGCCCCGCUCGCAGUGUUUCGGGGACCAGCUCGCAGCCGGAGGCUGAUGAGGUGGAUAGGGUGAUCGAAGGCGAAGAGGAGCUCUUGCAGACAGCAGCUCUUGACAGCGAUCAGUCCGUGCCUUGUUCCUCGAUCGAGAACCAGAAUCAGCCGGUCGAGGCGUUAGAGACAUCGCAGCAGACGUCGCAGCAGACGUGGUUGCGGCUCAGUGGUGCAAAGCGAUGGGCGGACAGUUUGGAGGAUCCGGAUGAGGAGCAGUUCUGCGGACUUGCGAACUGGCCGCAGAAGAAGCAAGAAGAAGACAAGGUGACCGGCGUCAGCUUUGAGCAGACUCCAGUUUGGAGGCAGGAGACCUGGCAGACCCGUUCCAGCUGGCGAUCCGAGAGCUGGCAGCAAUCCGAUAGCUGGCAGUGGUGGGGGAGACAAGGAAAGCGCCCUCGGCGAAAGCCUGAAAAGAAGUGGGAACGAAAAGAGGUUCAAUCUCUCCGCUUCUGA